CGGCCGCGGGGGGCGAACAUGGCCGAGAAGCAGAAGCACGACGGGCGGGUGAAGAUCGGCCACUACGUGCUGGGCGACACGCUGGGGGUCGGCACCUUCGGCAAAGUCAAGAUCGGAGAACACCAGCUGACGGGGCACAAAGUCGCCGUGAAAAUCCUGAACAGGCAGAAAAUACGCAGCCUGGAUGUGGUUGGGAAAAUCAAACGAGAAAUUCAAAACCUGAAGCUCUUCCGGCACCCCCAUAUUAUCAAACUGUACCAGGUCAUCAGCACUCCAACCGACUUCUUCAUGGUGAUGGAGUACGUGUCUGGCGGGGAAUUAUUUGAUUACAUCUGCAAGCACGGGCGGGUUGAAGAGGCAGAGGCCAGGCGCCUCUUCCAGCAGAUCCUCUCCGCGGUGGAUUACUGCCACAGGCACAUGGUUGUCCACAGAGACCUGAAACCGGAGAACGUGCUGCUGGACGCGCACAUGAAUGCGAAGAUAGCCGAUUUUGGCUUGUCCAACAUGAUGUCGGAUGGCGAAUUUCUACGAACCAGCUGUGGUUCCCCAAAUUACGCGGCCCCCGAAGUCAUCUCUGGAAGGUUGUACGCCGGCCCGGAGGUGGACAUCUGGAGCUGCGGCGUUAUCCUCUACGCCCUCCUCUGCGGCACGCUCCCCUUUGACGACGAGCACGUCCCCACCCUCUUCAAGAAGAUCCGGGGCGGCGUGUUUUACAUCCCGGAAUACCUCAAUCGCUCGGUCGCCACUCUCCUCAUGCACAUGCUGCAGGUCGACCCACUCAAACGAGCAACCAUCAAGGACAUCAGGGAACACGAGUGGUUUAAAGAAGAGCUGCCCAGUUACCUCUUCCCGGAGGAUCCUUCCUACGACGCCACCGUCAUCGACGACGACGCGGUUCGGGAAGUCUGCGAGAAGUUCGAGUGCACCGAGUCGGAGGUGAUGAACAGCCUGUACAGCGGCGACCCGCAGGACCAGCUGGCGGUCGCCUACCACCUGAUCAUCGACAACCGGCGGAUCAUGAACCAAGCCAGCGAGUUCUACCUGGCCUCCAGCCCUCCCACCGGCUCCUUCAUGGACGACAGCGCCAUGCACAUCCCGCCCGGCGUGAAGCCGCACCCCGAGCGCAUGCCGCCUCUGAUAGCGGACAGCCCCAAAGCACGGUGCCCGUUGGAUGCCCUCAACACUACCAAGCCCAAACCCUUGACUGUCAAAAAGGCCAAGUGGCACCUGGGAAUCCGCAGCCAAAGCAAACCCUAUGACAUUAUGGCUGAAGUGUACCGCGCGAUGAAACAGCUGGAUUUUGAGUGGAAGGUGGUGAACUCCUACCAUCUCAGAGUGCGUCGGAAGAACCCGGUGACGGGCAACUACGUGAAAAUGAGUUUACAGCUCUACCAGGUUGACAACCGCAGCUACCUUUUGGACUUUAAAAGCAUCGACGAUGACGUGACGGAGCAGCGGUCGGGCUCGUCCACGCCGCAGCGGUCGUGCUCGGCCGCCGGCUUGCACCGGCCGCGGCUGAGCAUCGACGGCGCCGCCGCCGAGUGCCCGUCGCUGAUGGGCUCGCUGAGCGGCUCCUUCGUGGGCAGCCUGCCCGCCGUGCCGCCGCGCCUGGGCAGCCACACCAUGGACUUCUUCGAGAUGUGCGCCAGCCUCAUCAUGGCCCUGGCGCGCUGACCCGCGCCGCCCCUCACCCCUUUGCCCUCCCGCGUUGCUCGUCCUCCUCCUCGCCGCUGUACGCUCUGCGACGCAGAACCAAAUCCUCCUUGAAAAGACCCGAAACCGGCUCAAGAGGACGCAGUCCUCUCCAACGAAGCAUCAAAGAAAUUAGGAAUAACUGCAUUUCACUUGUCACGGGGUGAAAUGUGUACAGUCCACUUUUUGUUUUGCCCUAGAAAAGCACUGACCCGCUCGCCGCUUUCACAGGUGAAGGCUGUUUGCCUUUAUUCUUUUUUUAAUUAUUAUGAUUUUUUUUAAUUCCUAUGAUUUACCUCAGGCCGGCCACUGUCUCGUGUCAGGCGCGCGCCGGGCUCGCGUGACCGCUGCGGACGGUCCCCGUCCCCGGGGCGGCAGCGUGCCCGGCCCCCAGCUUUGCCGCGGGCCCUCGCGCACCCCGGAUGCUUUACGGACUGGGACCUUCACCGCCCUACUGAUAAGGCAGGGAUCUCUCCAGAGUUUUACUGUUUCUUUUACUACUGGCUAUCUGAAGGAUGGGAUUUUAUUUUUUAAAACAGACUACGGGGAUUUUUAAGGUGAAAUUCUUGUACUCGAGGGUAAGCUCUAGUGCACGUGUGACUUUUUUUUGUUGUUUAACAGACCUAUUACUGCUAAUUGCUUAGGCUUAACAUUGUGGCUAGCACUGACGUAUGCUUGGCUUUGCUAUGGUAUUUAAUUCCAUUUACUUGAUUGCAAAGGAACAGAGUCUAAUCAGUCAAGGAACAAACGCUUUAUGAAAACGUUGCCAAAAAAAUCCUGGGCGGGUAUUUUUCUUUUGGUUGUGCUUGUUUGCUCGUUUUGUUUCAGAAACAAAGCAGAGCUUUAGCAAGGCUGUUGGGCCCAGGUAUGCAGUCAUUCAACCUUUACAAACAUAACCCGUCUUUUUGAUAGCAUCUUACGACCUGCAGAGGGUUUUUUUUGCUCGGAAUUGUUUUUUUGUACAGUUGCACUUUAAUUUAUAUUUUCUGCAAGUUUCUAUGAGAAGCAAGGAAGAGAAUGGCACACUAAGCCUUUUGUACUAAACGUUUUAGGUACCGAUGACAAAUACGGGAUAUUUUUGCCAUCUACUGGCAAUUAAGUGGACAUUUUCAGCUUGAAGUCCCUUUUUUUAAAAACACAAAAUUGCCUUACUUUUGUUACAGAUUACAUAGUGAUUCUCGCUUAUGUGACUUUACAGCUCCACUUUUUCCAGAAGCCGCACAAAGUAAAAAACUUCCAAAAAAGCCCAUUUUGCUGUUAAGCUCCCGUAUGAUAAAUCCAGCACGGCGGUGUUUGGAUUAUAAAGCCUGCAGCAGAACUUUUGUUUUUAGAAGAAACACUGGAAAUAUUUGUAGUACUCCUAGGUUUUGUAAGCAGCUUUUAUUAUAUUAUCGUUAUGAAAUAAAUGCUCUGAGGUGGAGAAUGGCUUUGAUGCGGUGCCUGGUGGCUCUCAGGUGAUGAGCAUCUCCUUCGCUCUAGCAUUAGCGGGUCGUACCGGGCACGAACGGAGACUCCAGCCUCCCUCAUUUAAAAAAUACAGGGCAAAACCUGGCCGGUUUCUGGCUCCUGGAAGUUCAUAUCAGCAUAACGGUGCAAUUUUGCAGCAGAGCCCUGUGCAGCGCGCCUGCCCUCGGCAGCUUUCGGCAGGCGGCACGGCCCCUGCGGAAGAGAAGCACGGGUCUCCCUUCCCCUGCUGUGAAAUACAUCCGAAAAGUAGAAGGCUGUUAAAAAUCAUAACUCACGCUAUAGCAUCUUCCAAGUCACUUGUCCUGGAAACGGCUGCAAUUCAGUUAGUUCCAGUUGAUAAAGGGCUCAUGCAUUAGGUACGAUCUGCAGUUCAGAUGCGUUUAGCACUAUAGAUGUCUUGCCUUAAAAUUGCACUUGUCCUCUGGGAUUUCCCACCCGGCAGAACUAAUAAUACUGAAUAUCAGCAAAUUCCCGUAGGGAGAAACAUUUGCUUCCGCUGGCGGGUGGGAUUUCUUGGUUGCAGGACAAGACUUGGUGGCACUUUGCAUCUUCUAGGACCUGGGCAAACCCAAGCUCCUACAUGCAUCCACAAGAGCAGUCCUGCCAAGGAGGCCAUAAGAGCAGCUCAGCUUUCCAUGUGGAGAGACACAAAGCGACUGAGCAACUUUCCUCCCGCGUGUCAGAGCAGACGGGUCGGAGCGGACCAGCAGAUGUGGCGCGCCACGCACCGCUCCCUGCCAAGGGCUGGCUCCUCUGCCAACAUACGGCAGCAAACCAGCCGUUCGAUAGCUUUACCCAAACCCACGCUGCCUGCUGAAACAGGCUGAAAAAUUUUACCAAUCUUUCUUUUUUUCCAGAUAGUCUUCCCAGCUGCAGAUAGGUUCCCAGCUGCAAAGGCACCACUGCCCUCCAGUUAUACUUGCUAAUUACUGUUACACUGUGCUCGGUUUUUUUGAGUUAUACCAAUACACGCGUGGUCACCUGGAUCAGCAGGGUAGAUGCAUCCGAACUAAACAGACUUGAAUUCCUCCAAGUGCAAUUCUUAAAACCCCUGGACAGCUGUGCUUUGCAAGCCACCGCUUCACCCCAACGUUGCCUCAGCCGCAGGGUACGGCUCAGUUGGGCUUCAGCAUUAUCUGCUAGUUCCCAGCUGGGCUAAUUCCAGAAUAAUUUGCACUGUACCAGUUGGCAUAUAUACUUUUACGUAUGUGUAGAUAUAUAUGUAUACAUGCAUAUUAAUAUACGUGAGCGUGUGUACACACAUAUGUAUAUAAAUAUAUAGGUAACGUACCUGCCAUUGGCCUCUUUGCACAGCUACGUGAGCUGCUGGCCCUAAAGCUGCUGCUGGGACCAGCUCGCCCUCCCUUUUCGAUCCCGUUGCACCCGCCCGGCAGAGUAGGUCCAUGCCGAGAACGCCUGCCAUAGCGGCACGCUAAUCCCGGAGCCAACAGAGGGUAUUUUUAUCCCCUUUUCUAGGUAAAGCCAAUCAGUAGCUUACCUGAGCCGGCCGAGCCCCGUGCCGCUGGGCUGCAGAGGCCGUUUCGGGAGGCGCGAUCCCGAUCCGGCUCCCCUUGCAGCCGCUCCUGCCAAAGCCCUCGCAGCCGUGGCCUUGGGCACUGUUGCGUUUUCUAGAGUCGAGCUGAAGCAGCGAAGGCAGCAGGGAUUUUUCUCCUCGCGGGUCAGAAAUACAAGCAAGUGGUUUGCAUUGCAUGGACCGGUUUUGCAAUUACAAUGCCAAUUGGUAUCAGAACAGACUAAGUUGAUGCAAAAUGACCAUUCAGUCUGCUCCUCUUCAUUUUACUGUUCGCUAUCUGAAGCGUUUUAUACAUCCACGUAGAAGGAAGAGACCCGUACGCAGAACGAAACCGUGCCUUCGACACGCGUGACGACUGCUGGACACUGCAGGUUUUCACUGCACUGGGUGCACAAAUCCUGCACCGCGUGCAGAAUCACACUGAUGGGCACGUGUAUUACGUUUCAAAAUACUUGACCUACCAUUAGCUGUGCCAUUACUUGGCUUCGCCUGUGUAUUAGUCUGGAGGAGAGCGGGGAGAAGUCUCUCACAUCCACCUCCCCUUAGAUGAGUCAAAAAAAACCCCCACUCCAGUUUCUAUAGAAUUUUACUGGAAAUUUUUAGGAUUUUUUUUAGGAUUUUUGGUUUAAGGGUAUGACCUAGCUACUGCAGCCGCCUUUCCUGAGGUCUCCGUUCUGGUACAGGCUUUCUGUCGAGUGCUUUCUUUUGGCUUCCUUAGCUCUUCCCUCGCACGUUUAGCUUCAUCAUUCGCUUAUGAAAGAAAGCAACAGCUUCCAGUAGUUCUGCAUUUCCAGUCUGCUUCUUGGAUAUAGAUUUAAUACUACUAUAAAAACACUGAUGCGGGAAGAGGUACCUCUCUCCCGCAGGCAUGCUUGGAAGAUGGACUGAUUUUUAGAAUUCCCACAUUAAACGUAUUGACCAAACACUGGCUUUUGCAGAUAGCUGAACUGAUAUUAAAUGCAUUUAAAGCACAUAUCUUUGCCAUUUUCCAUCAUCAGGAUUAGGAGAACUGGUCAGUAAAUCAAAGAACUAGGUGUAAAGCAUGAAGAAUCUUUUACUGUUUUAGUCUGUUUUUAACAAAAGCCUUGAAAUUCCUGCUGAAACUGCCUUAAUUUAAAAAUCAGAGUUUAUUUAUAAGACUCAUCUCUGUUUUUCAAGUUUUUAAAUAGUUUGUUUAUCCUCAUGUCACAAAGCUGUGAAGUAGGUACUGUAGACACGGUAAUAUUUAUUCUUGUUGCUGAAAGCAUGGUCCUGUGUUCUGCAUCAUGUUAUAUUCAUGUGGUUUGUACCUCAAUGCUUUUUUUUCCCCCCUCCUUUUAGAGUGCAAAGCAAAACUGAACCCCAGGAUCACUGCAGUGCCCAUGACCCAGUAUCUCUGGGCAGAUAAUCCUAAACUCUGAGAGAUACCAACCAGACUAGUCCAUUGCAAUUUUUUUUGUCUAUAAAGAAUGAUUAUUUAUGAUCUUUCUCAUGUUAAAAUACUGAACCUUGAAAAGCUCCAAGCAUCUCUUCAAAAAUAUCAUUAACACAAAGUUCAGAAAAAAUGCUGAGUUCUAGACGUGCUUCACGGGUCUUGGCAUCUCGUGUCUCGUCACCAGCCGGACCGCGACAGGUUUUCUUUCCAAGCGAAUGCCGCCGGCGUAGCGGCAGCGGACGGGCCCCGCGCCUGGGUUCAGGUUUGUCCUGUGCGCCGGUAAUUGUGCAUUAGGUGAUCACAAAGCAGCCUUUCACCUUCCGUUUACGGUGUGGAAAGCGGUUCUCAGCGUACUGCACUGCAUGUGAUUGCUGUCUCCAAGGCUGACUUUUGCACUUUAAUAAACUCAGAGAUGAAACGAG